AAAUAUAAUUUUAAUUUGAAUUAAACUGGAUACGUGGCUGAACCACGGUAGUUCUGUUUUUUUUCCCAAGCUUUCAAGUACAAAACAUUCAACUUCUUGAGGGAAUCCGUGUUGUAAAUUCGUGUUUUCUACUAUGUUCGUGUUUGUUCUAUCUAUUUACUUAUCAUUGUUUCAAAAUGCCCAUGCCUUACAAUCGUCAGCUCGGUCUACCCAUAGCAGUAACACUUCUGCUGAAACAUCUAGCCGCAAAGAAUAUAUUGAUGGCCGUCUUAUAACACAUAUCCAACAAUACACAUUAGUGGAAAAGGGCAAAAUGUAUCCAUCAAUUGAACCGUUCAAUACCGGUCACUUGGAGGUAUCCAGUAUUCACACGUUAUACUAUGAGCAGUCUGGAAACAAGAACGGUUUACCUAUAGUCUUUGUUCAUGGUGGCCCUGGAGGUGGUACCACACCUUCUGCUCGGCAAUAUUUCGAUCCGGAAGCAUAUCACAUCAUACUCUUUGAUCAACGAGGUGCUGGAAAGUCAACACCAGCAUCUUGUCUAGAGGAAAAUGAUACGUGGUAUUUGGUCGCUGACAUGGAGAAGUUGAGAGUCCAUCUUGAAGUGGACCGAUGGAUAUUGUUUGGCGGCAGUUGGGGCACAACACUGUCAUUAGCCUAUGCUGAGAAACACAUUGAUCGAGUUCGCGCUAUGAUAUUGUGUGGAAUAUCUACUGUUAGCGACGAGAAAGUCCACUUUUCCCAUCAAAGCGGAGCGUCUUACCUAUUCCCUGACGUGUUUGAAAAAUUUGUGGCACCGAUUCCCAAAAUCGAACGCAAUGACCUCGUCUAUGCAUACUACAAACGACUCACUGGAAGUGAUGAGGCAGAAAGGCUACGAUGUGCAAAAGCGUGGGCUACUUGGGAAAUGUCGACGGUAGAGCUAAAGAUCAAUCCUGAAAAUCUGUUGAAUAUCCAAAAUGAUACCUGGGCGCUGGCAUUCGCUCGAAUCGAAUGCCAUUAUUUCAUUAACAAAGGUUUCUUGAAGCCGAAUCAGUUGAUUGAUGAUGCUUACAUCAUUCGCAACGCCAAAAUACCUGUGACGAUUGUGCAGGGGCGUUAUGAUGUUGUUUGUCAAGUGAAAACGGCAUGGGACCUGUACAAACAACUACCAGAGGCGGAAUUCUUUUUGAUGGAUGAUGCUGGACACUCUUCCAAAGAGACCGGAACUGCUAACAAGUUGGUGGAAGCUUGUGAUAAGUACAAGACUUUGACACCGUAGACGUUUCCUACCAAAGUUAUUUAUGAUUGUGAGAACGUUCUAAAUGAGACAUUAAAGCGAGUCUUUUGAAGAUUAGACAA